CGGAUUGCCCGAUGACCUCUCGGGUGCAUAUCAACUUGUAUCACAGACAGAACCCUCUAUAUUUUUUGUCGUAUAUAUUAUGCUCAUAUAUGUUUAACAAAUGCCUUUAUGUUCCUAUAAAAUGUCAAGUAGUUGAGGUACCACUUUUUCUUUUGUUAAAACACACUUUCGUUUUUUUGUUUAUCAAAAUGUAGGAAUACAGGCUCUGUGCGUCACAUUUUAUUGGUCAGCAGAGGGUACAUGGUUAAAUUUUCAUUCGCCCAGAGAGGGAGAAAUCUGCACAGCAACAAGCGCCAUCAUUGCGUUGCAUUGUGCGUUACAAGCAGCUGAAUAUGGAACUCCUAGAAGAAGACCUUACUUGUCCUGUUUGCUGCUGUUUAUUUGAGGACCCACGGGUUCUACCUUGUUCCCACAGUUUUUGCAAGAAAUGUCUGGAAGGUAUUCUCGAAGGAAACGGCAACAGGAGCUGGAGGCCACCGUUUAAAUGCCCCACCUGCCGUAAAGAAACAACGACUACAGGAAUAAACAGCUUACAAAUCAAUUACUCGUUGAGGGGCAUUGUAGAAAAGUACAAUAAAAUCAAACUCACACCAAAAAUGUCAAUUUGUAGAACACACAGCGGACAGCCACUGAAUAUCUUCUGUUCCUCUGAUCUUAAACUCAUUUGUGGGUUUUGCGCUACAAUGGGGGAUCACAAGGGGCAUACGUUUUGUGCGAUGGAAAACGCAUACCAGCAAGAGAAGGCGGCUUUCGAGGAACUUUUUCUGGGAUUUGAAAACUGGCGCAACGCGGAUGUGCUGUCUUGCUUGGAUACAUUGGGGAACAGCAAGAGAAAGGCACUGCAGCUGGUAUCUAAGGAUGGGGAAAAAGUAACGGAAUAUUUCGAUAAAUUAAUCCACACGCUGGAGCAAAAGAAGAACGAAAUACUGUCCGAUUUUGAAACCCUGAAGCUAGUUGUACUGCAGACGUACGAUCCCAAAAUAAACCAACUGAGCAUGGUCCUUGAAGAGCAGAAAAGGGCGUUGAGCAUCGCCGAGACUUUAAAGGACGUGUCUGAUCCGCUCAUGUUUCUGCAGCAGAUGCAAGAAUUUCGGGAGAAAUUGAGAAUCAUUCGAGAGACUCCUCUGCCUUCUCGCCCAUGUGUGGAUGUCAGUCCUAUAAUGCAAAACUUUGAUACAAAGAAGUGGGACUCUGUAAAACUAAAGGAUGUCGAUAAGAUUGUUACCCCCCACGAAAAAUGCACAUCUCCCUUUACCAAACAAAAAUACUCACGAGUUCUCGUGGGGGUUACAGUUUCCCUGUGCCUCUUAACAUUAGCAUUGUAUAUUCAGGAUUCACUGAGUCUCUCAUUUUUGGUAAACCAAAUGUCAGCGGUUGGCAGUUCAUGUUUACCUGCUUCAAUGGAAUCCUCAGACUAUGCUGUGGCAUGCUGGGGCGAGGUUGUAAACAUUUGUUUGUUUCUCUAUGACAUCUGUCAGAAACAUACACUACUUCUGCUGAAUUAUACUGCAGCAUUUGUUUGCAGAUACAAGUUAUUAUAGACACGAAUUUUCUAUACACACACACACACACACACACUAUACGGUUACAGUUUAUAUAUUAAUAUUACAAUGACAAUUAAGAAUCCCUUUUAAUAAAAUACCAAAUACGAUUUGUUAUCAUAGAUAAAUGUAUAUUGUGUUUGUUUAACGUGAUAUGGAAAUGUAUUAAGCUGGUUUCCUUCUGCAACAGUAUUUGAUAAAUAUGCAUGUUUUUUUUUACAUGCGGUGAUGUUAACACACGUAUAUUCAAAUCAAAUUAAAACAGUGUAUCUAUUUCAGGAACCUGGAUAAUUAUAGGGUGAAAAACGUGUUUUAAUUAAUUUCAUUCAGGUUUGCCUCGUGUCUAAGCACUAGGUAUUUAUUUACCUUGAUUUAAUAUUCAAGGCCCUUAUACAUUUAUCAGCUUGUUUUCCGUUUUUUUCACCCAAGCUAAAUGAUAGCGAAUCGAUCUACACAACUUGUUUUUUUGCCCGUGUUCUUGCUUCCUUCAUUUCCAUUCAGCACAUCAUUGAGUCUGGAUCAAUGCCAUUUGAAUAUAUGCUAGAAAUAAAUGCAAAACUGAUUCUCGCAUUUGUAAUGUAUGGUUUAAAGAGAAUAUUGUUGAUAUUAAAUACAUACAUGAAAUAAUGA